UUAUGGCAUUGACAGUGCCACAAAAGCAUGUUGGAGUGGCAAAUUCGAUAUCCGUUUAUAAACACAGGGUCACUAUUGUUAUUUUGGGUCGGAAACAUUAUUUCGAGUUAAUUAUGAGGGGGGAGGGUGUUCCAUUUAUUUUACAAUACAAAAGGAGGGUCAUGUGAAAAUAUGUUUAAUGUUGGGAAGAGGGGUGCAUUUUUUAUGACAACUUGAGUCGGACCAGCCCAUCCCGCCAAGUAAAUGUGGAUAUGUCCCUAACCUUAAAUCAAGACCAAGAAGCAAAUGUUUUUUUCAUGAAUUUUUACGAUAUAGCCACAUUGACUUUGUGGCUGCUGUAACCAAUAACAAUCCACGCCUCGACCCGGAAGAACAUGUGACGUAUGCCGUUCGAGGUGUUUCAGUUGACCCAGUUGACCUCUUUCAUGGAGAUACUGGCUAAGGAGGCUGUGGACAAAAUCUACAAGCUAUUCAACGAGUGCUCCUCUGUUCUGCAUCUGGAAGUGUCUCGGAGUCAAACUGAGAAUGAGGACUUGAAGAAGAGGCUAGACGCGAUUGAGACCGAACUGAGGACUGUCUUAGAAGGGAGUGGAGRACAAGAGAACACAUCAGCCAAUGGCUGCUGCAGUGAAGUCAAGGUCAUCCACCAGUUAAAAGGCACACAACCAGGCUUUUGCGCUGGUGAUGCAGAAGUGAAACGAUCCCCCAUCCUCCACCUGUGGAAAGGGAGACUUCCCUCAACUGUAAAUGAGCACUCCAACAUGGAGGACACGAUCGAGUCAGUUAUUAUCAAAGAAGAAGGGUUGGAAGAGUACCUGUACAACAGCACAUCAGACCCAAGUCAUUUUUUAGAGAGCCAGGCCCAGGAGGUGAGUGACCCAGAGAACCUUACAGYGGACCCAAAGGACAAAGGUGGCGACACGGGGCCAAAGCGUUUCAGAAAGCCAAAGAUCACAGGGGCUCGUCGGGCAAAGCCCAAAAAGGAGAACCACCUUAGCUGCAAGCACUGCAGGAAGACAUUCAGCAAACUGAUCCAGCUGAAAGCUCACCAGGCGAUCCAUGCAGCAGCGGAGAAACCUUUUAUCUGCCAGCAGUGCGGCAGAGGUUUUUCCUUUAAACGCAGUUUGGAUGCACACCAGCUGCUUCACACAGGAGAGAGACCGCACACCUGUGGCGAGUGUGGUAAAGCUUUCACCCUAAAGCAGCUGCUCAAGAAUCACCAGAGACUCCAUGCAGGGUUGAGACCGUUCCGCUGCGACGAGUGUGGCAAAAGCUUUAACCGGGCCCACGGUCUCAAGAUGCACCAGAUCGUCCACACGGGAGAGAGGAAAUACAGCUGUGAGAUCUGCAAGAAGAGUUUCAGCAUACCAGGAAAUCUCCACAGGCACCAGCGUAUACACACGGGUGAGAAACCGUUCCGUUGCGAUACGUGCGGGAAAAGCUUCAACCAGGCAGACACUCUGAAAGGCCACCAGCGGAUCCACACAGGAGAGAGGCCAUUUACCUGUGAGACGUGCGGGAAAUGUUUCAUUCAAAGAAGUGCUCUGAAAAUGCACCAAAGAACCCACGCAGGAGAGAGCGCCUUCCUCUGUGUGGUGUGCGGGACAGUCCUGGCUUGCGUCAACUCUCUCAAGACACACCUUCAGACUCACACAGCAGAGAUGCCUUGUAGGUGCUCAGUGUGCGGUAGUAGUCUCAGUUCUCUCAUUCACCUCAAAUCGCACCAGCAACUCCACACUAUGGAAAAGCCGCACAGCUGUGGCCUAUGCAACAAGAGCUUCAAGUCGGUCAGCUACCUGAACAUACACAUGAAAACUCACACUGGGGAGAGACCGUUCACCUGUGACGUGUGUGGAAGGAUGUUCACUCAACACAGCAGCCUGAAAACCCACCAGGCRGUCCAUACUGGGGAGAAGCCUUUCAGCUGUGRAACGUGUGGGAAAUGUUUCAGCAACACUGGGAACCUCAACAGGCACCAGCGGAUACACACUGGAGAGAAGCCUUUUAGCUGUGACCUCUGUGGGAGGAGCUUCAACCAGGGCAACAGCCUCAAAGCCCACAAACAAAUCCACACAGGAGAGAAACUUUACAUGUGCGACAAAUGCGGGAAGAGUUUUUCCUACCUGAGGAAUCUGAAAGAUCACAAGUGUUACUAUAUCUAAAACCAAUAGGCAUAGCCUCUUAUUGCGAUGGACCACACUUACUUGGUUUGAACCAUUGUCUCGGCAUUAAAAAUGCAUUUAUAGGUCAGUGAGUGGCAUACUGACAUAUGAAGCGUACUGAUAAGAUUGGUUGUCAAAACAGCCUUAUUCAAAUUAUUUAAUUUUAAACAUGACUUGUUUUCGAAAUCAACUUUGAUUUUGAAAAAUGAAUAACCAGUUGCCUUUGUUGGGUAGAAGGACUUGGAUUGGCUGGUGGUCCAGUAACUUUUCAAUGGAGCAAAGCCUCAUUUAUUUGAGAAGGAUAUACAUCUGUAACCUGUCUUGUGUACCUUUYUAUUACUGUUGUCUCAGAUUUGUGAGCCAAUGGUAAAUAAAUCUCUUGAAAUUAGUCCUUUGUGUAUAUAUUUUGAAGCAUUACUUGUUGUUCUUGCUAUCUGUGCAUAUAGUCCCUCUAACAGCUGCAACAUAAUAUUGAGCAAAUUAAAGGGUUAUUGAGGGAGAAAGAAAAUGUGUAUUUAAGGGAGUGGCUUGUCAGUAGAGCGACACAUGCCUGAAACCCUGAUGAAGACAGCUUGCAGUUGGUUAUUCAUUUAUGGCAUCGGAGCUGCUAGUGUGCUGCUUUUUUUUUAAGGAUUCAAAUUAUCGGGUGCCUGCAGGUUGGUGUCCCUCUAUGGCGCUAUGUAAAGUGCCACAGACGUGACUGAUAUAUUUACACAACUCCACAAAGACUCACAUGGAUAUUAUGUAACAAGGAGAAGCAACAGGAAAACCAACCUAUUUUUCAGUCCAUUUUUGGCACUUCUAGCAGAUCAUCUAGUUCACAUGAAAUUAAUUACAAUUGUAUCAAUGCAUGAAUUCCUCCAUGAGCAGACUCUUGACUGUGGACUGGUGGUGUGUCUCCCAUUUAGAGGUAUGCAUUACUAGCAACUGUGUUGCCAAAUCCAAGCCAUACCUCAGCCAAUGUCACUAUGAUAGAACUGUUCCAUGCUCUCUUCCCUUCCAAGAGGAAAGUGGAUGUGAGACAGUUUCCUGAAUCGAGCCAAACUAGUUUAACAAAUCUAUGAAUAGGCCAAGGUAACGCUGUAGGUGAUUUGAAAAGAAGUGUGACCUGAAGAUUAUUAUCUUCCGCACUAUUAGAAGUUGAUGUGCUGUGAUUCAGUGAAAUGGUUGAGCAAUCUGUUUUGUCUGCAUAUUCAUAAUUCAUGUAAGGUUACCUUGGGCACUUCAAAUUUGCAAAUCCUCAUAGGGUAAUCAAUUAAAUAUGUUCCUAAUAUUGUUGCACACUUUACAUUGAUUAAUUCRUUUAAUAUGUGGUUAUGGUGGUCUGCCUCGCACCCAUCAAUGAUUAUCCUUCCCUCCGAUCCUCAUUCCUGAAAAUUAAAAGUCUACAUUUGCUGCCUGUCAGUCACAUUGGGCAUGGUAGAAUUUAUAUGUUUUGACCAAACUCACCAAGACCAAAGAACUUAGUUUUUUUCCCCCCAAGGUUCGCUCACGUACUCCAUGCACAUAAUAGGAGAUAACUUGUCAUAUAAAUUAAGGGGCGCUUCCUAGCUGCUCUUCAGCAGCACCCUAGAAUGUAGUGCAGGAGGUGAGGGAUCAAACCUUGUGUUCUGCUGUUAGGCCGCCUGACCUCUGACCCCAUAUUCCACAGUUUCCUUAAUUUAUUUCAAUUUAGGGUUAAUCACGUUCAACCUCAAGAAGUUGACUCAAGGCUCACUCACGAAUGCUCAGCAGUAAUGCCCCUCAGCACUUGUAGGCUAAUGUAGUAUCUUUGACUCUGUACCGUGGGUACGCAGUGAUGUCUAAUGGCAUUUAGAAGCACGAACAGUUGUAUCUCUGAGUGUGCGACUGCAUGUCUCAAGUUGGAGAGAGUAUGUAUGUUUUGUAUCCAUCGAAGGSCAAUUAGUCAUACAUUAUACAGUAAAUGCCUUAAGUUUAACUCUGAACAACACUUUGAGUCUAAUUCACAUCAAGAUCUCACAUUAUGGCAGAUAUUGUAAAUCAUCAAGAAAUAAAAUUAAAAUAAAAGUAUGAAUUUUCAAUAAAGCAUUUAAAAACA